UGCAGACACGGACGAGUCCGACCGCAGCUUCUGAAUCGUGCACCGUGCUCGCCGCCUCGUCGUUCCUCGAAGCUAAAGGCAGCCCGUGCUCGGACCUGGGGCGCGUGAAUGUGUCUUUUUGAAAGGCUCCGACUGCAUCCUGUGACCGUCAACCGUUUACUUUGAUGCGCCGCGGUGCCAACUUCGCCUCAGCUUCGGUGUGCGCGCGCGCCCGCGUGCGGUUCUUUUGAAGAGGGAAGAAGAAUAAGAAGAAAAAAAAAAAAAAGACCAACUUAAAUCACCCGUUGCCUUCUUGUUGCUCUCUCUCGAUGAGUGGUCUAACAUGCGGAGAAUACAGGAACCGAGUUGCUGGUGGAUUUUACCCCUCGUGUUUUUAACCUUGCCCAAACACAAAGACUGUCAGCCUGUUGCACCGGGUGACCAACCUCGCUUCACUGGAGGCAGCUAUCCUGGGAACACAGGCGUAAUGAGGGAGAGGAGGACAACUGGUGACCCCUACUGGUCCUAUUCAGGGAGCCAUGGACCUCGAGGCUGGGCAGCCUUAUACCCAGAGUGUGCUGCAACAAACCAAUCACCUGUGGAUAUUGUAGAUGAACAAGCUUUGGUUUCAGAGGAGUUCCAGGAGCUGGUGCUUGAUAAGUUCAACACGGAGUCCUCCAAUCAGACUACCAUGAAAAACACUGGAAAGACAGCUUCUCAGCAGUGCGUCCGAGUGAUUGAUGACAGGACUGUUCGGUUCUCCUUGUCCACUCCUCAAGCUGUUUUUAUGCUCUGUUUCCCAUCCCAGAUGCAGAUCUACCUUUACAACUCCGAUGACUUUGACAGCCUCAGUGCUGCCAUCAAGGAAAGACGCAUCAUCUCUGCCAUGGCUGUCUUCUUUGAGCUUGGGCAAAAAGACAACCCAGCUGUGGACCCAAUCAUCCAGGGAUUGAAAGGAGUAGUCCAUCAUGAAAAGGAGACCAAUCUCAGGUCAUUCGUCUUGAGGGAUCUGCUGCCGUCAUCAGUGGACAGUUAUUACAGAUACACGGGCUCUUUGACCACUCCGCCCUGCAGCAAAGUCGUGGAGUGGAUCAUCUUCUCCAGACCUGUAUAUCUGUCCCACUCACAGCUGGAUGCUUUUUACUCCAUCUUUACUACGGAGCAACAGGACCAUGUCAAGUCUGUCGAGUACCUGCGAAACAAUUUCAGGCCCCUGCAGGACCUGAACAAUAGGAAGAUUUUUAAGUCGGCUGUUAAAGAUGCAUGGCAGAAAGAUUUGACUGAAAUAUUAGGAAGCCCACAUAGCACAGAGGCUUCAAGAGUGUGCAGCAGUGCCCCGGUGAGCAUGAAGAUCCAGCCGCUAAACCAGACAGCAUUGAUCGUGAGCUGGGAACGCCCUCUGACAAUCUAUCACCCCCCCAUCACCAGCUACAUGGUGUCCUACAGCUGGGUGAAGCGGGACAUCGCCGAUGAAAAGACCUUCUCUAAGACCGGAGACCAGAGCAUGAAAGCGAUUAUUACGAAUGUGUCCCCUGACCUCCUGUACCUGUUCAGAGUGCAGGCUGUGUGUCAGCAUGACCAGCGUAGUGACUUCAGCCAGACGCUGUUGUUCAGAGCCAACACAACGAGAAUAUUUGAAGGCUCUCGCAUUGUGAAGACUGGAAUGCCAACAAUUUCUCCAGCUUCCUCAGCGGACAUGGCUCCCAUCAGCUCUGGUUCCUCCACUUGGACGUCCUCUGGCAUCCACUUCUCUCUUGUCUCCAUGGCAACCGGGAUGGGUCCCUCCUCUAGCGGGAGCCAGGCCACAGUGGCAUCAGUGGUGACGAGCACUUUGCUGGCAGGUUUGGGUGUUGGUGGAGGGGUGAUUUCUUCUUUGCCCAGUUCUGCUUGGCCCACACAGGCCCCUCGCCCCACUCAGAACCCGGCACAUUCGUCCACCCCGCCCACGAAGUCCAGCACUGAGCGGACAGCAACUCAGGGAGCUGAGACAGACAAGCAGUCUGGGGAGAAACAGGCUGCAGGUCAGGGUGAGGAGGAGGAAGAAGAGGGCGAGCGAGAGGGAGAGCAGGAGGAAGAAGAGGAGGAGGAGAAGAAGAGAAAGGGCAAGAAUUCUCCUGAUAAUGAGGAGAAACAAGCAAACAGCACUGUGUCCGAAGAGCCUUUAAUCCCAACCCCCGCAUCCACAGCCAAAGAGAAAGGAGAGGGCAGACCUGCAGUUAAAGGCAACACGGUCCCUGCGAGCACCGAUGAUGAGCAUUUGGUCAACAAGGAGAAACGGCCCACAGAAGCAAACGCAGUCUCCACUCAGGAGCCCCAUAAUGACAGCGCUGAGAUGCAGAUCCCACAGAGCUCUACACUGUCUCCAAAGAUUAAUGAUGGAAAGAGUCUCUGGCCUUUCUCUGUUCACACUGACAGAACUAUUUUAUCCAACACGACGCGGACACCCCACCCAGGAAUGGGAAGGAUGGUGUGGAUUGUGCCCUUGGUUGUGGUGUCUGCACUCACUCUGCUGUGCCUCAUCAUGCUGCUCAUCGUGAUGGUCUACUGGAGGAGAUUUUUCCAGACGGCUCAUUUCUACGUGGAGGAGAGCAGCUCUCCACGGGUGGUGGCCAAUGAGAAUAUUCCAAUCAUCCCCAUACCAGAUGAUAUGGAGGCCGUUCCCGUCAAGCAGUUUGUCAAACAUGUCAUGGAGCUGUACAAGAACAACAUGCAAGGCUUCGCUGAGGAAUUCGAGGAGGUCCAGCGCUCCACAGUCGACUUAAAAAUCACAGCAGAACAUUCCAAUCAUCCUGACAACAAGCACAAAAACAGAUACAUCAACAUUGUGGCCUAUGACCACAGCAGGGUGAAAUUAAGAGCUUUGCCGGGGAAAGAUGCCAAACAUUCAGAUUACAUCAACGCCAACUAUGUGGAUGGCUACAACCAUCCCAGAGCUUAUAUAGCUGCUCAGGGUCCUCUCAAGUCCACGUUUGAGGACUUCUGGAGGAUGGUGUGGGAGCAGAAUACUGGAAUCAUUGUCAUGAUAACCAACCUGGUGGAAAAAGGGAGGAGAAAAUGUGACCAAUACUGGCCAACAGAGAACAGCGAACAGUACGGAAACAUUGUGGUGAUGCUGAAAAGCACCAAAGUUCACGCCUGCUACACGCUGCGUCGUUUUCUUAUAAGGAACACAAAAAUUAAAAAGGGUCAGAAGGGGAACCCAAAAGGGAGGCUAAAUGAGCGCAUUGUGAUUCAGUAUCACUACACUCAGUGGCCUGACAUGGGAGUACCGGAGUACACACUUCCUGUUCUCACCUUCACCAGCCGCUCUUCGGCUGCUCGGAGUGCAGACAUGGGUCCCGUCCUGGUACACUGCAGUGCAGGGGUCGGGCGCACGGGAACGUACAUCGUCAUCGACAGCAUGCUGCAACAGAUCAAGGACAAAAGCACAGUCAGCGUCCUGGAUUUUCUCAAACAUAUACGCACACAACGCAACUACCUUGUCCAGACGGAGGAGCAGUAUGUUUUCAUACACGAUGCCCUGAUGGAGGCCAUCCUCAGCAGAGAGACAGAGGUGCCCGCCUGGCAGCUGCACAGCUACGUCAGCAGCAUCCUGACGCCCAGCUACGCCGGCCGAACGCGGCUCGAGAAGCAGUUCAGACUGCUGAGUCAGUGCAACACGCGCUUUGUGGAGUGCUUCAGCGCGCACAAAGACUGCAACAAGGAAAAGAAUCGCAACUCCUCGGUGGUUCCUUCGGAGCGAGCGAGGGUUGGACUCACCACUCUGCCAGGCAUGAAGGGAACAGAUUACAUUAAUGCAUCCUACAUAAUGGGCUACUAUAGGAGUAAUGAGUUCAUCGUUACCCAGCAUCCUUUGCCCCACACCACUACAGACUUCUGGAGGAUGAUUUGGGACCACAACGCUCAGAUUAUUGUCAUGUUGCCUGACAACCAGGGUCUUGCUGAGGAUGAAUUUGUUUACUGGCCGAGUCGGGAAGAGGCCAUGAACUGCAUCGCCUUCACAGUCACUCUCAUCAGUAAGGACAGGCUGUGUCUCUCCAACGAGGAGCAGAUCAUCAUCCACGACUUCAUCCUAGAGGCCACACAGGAUGAUUACGUCCUGGAGGUGAGACACUUUCAGUGCCCUAAAUGGCCGAACCCUGACGCUCCUCUCAGCAGCACCUUCGAGCUCAUCAGAGUCAUCAAAGAAGAAGCCAUGACUCGAGAUGGCCCCACCAUCGUGCACGAUGAGUACGGGGGGGUGUCAGCCGGGAUGCUCUGCGCCCUCACCACGCUGUCCCAGCAGCUGGACAACGAGGGACUCGUCGACAUCUAUCAGGUGGCCAAGAUGAUCAAUCUCAUGAGGCCGGGAGUCUUCACUGAUAUAGAACAGUACCAGUACCUUUACAAAGCCAUGCUCAGCCUGGUGAGUCACACAGAGAGCAUCCUGGGUCCCGUUCAUAUGGACACUAACGGGGCGGUGGUGAUCGCCGACGAGUCGGACCCCGCAGAGAGCAUGGAGUCGCUCGUCUGAAGACAUUCUUGCAGGCAGUUAAUUUGUAAAGAAAACAAAACAAACAAACAAAAAAAAAAAAAAUCCAAGAACUUUUGAGGCCUUUUUGCCAGACUAUUGAUUAAACGAAUAACCUUAUUACUUUUUUAUACUGAUGAAAGGUUUUUUGAUAUUUAUGUUUUCGUCCUUUUAUUUUGAUUUGUUCUUUUUUUUUUUUCUCGUCUUUAAAUGUUCUCCUGCUGAGCGUUUGCACCUGUUUAAGUUGACAUGAGGAAAAGCAGCUCUGUCCACUUUGCACUAUAAUAUCAGUGUUACUGCCUAUUUACCCAGUGAGAUUGUUCACCGUUGAAAUUUCGGCG